ACAGAUGCAGCAUCAGAAUUAAAGGAAGGGACAAAUUUAUCACAUCAUUUACCAACAAACUGACAUUUUUUGAUCCGAAAUGGGUUGCGAUGGUGGUACUAUACCCAGGCGUGAUGAGCUCGUGCGUGUGAAACAAAAGCCCGAACAGAAAGACAAGGACGCAGAGCGGGAGUUCCGCUGGCUGCACUGUGCCUUGACACAGCAACGUCUGCAGGAGCCGAUUGCCAUGUGCGCCAUGGGUCGUCUAUACUCCAAACAGAGUAUCAUCGAACGUUUGUUGGAAAAGGAGAAAAUGCCCGAAACAUCGGCGCAUGUACGCAGCAUGAAGGAUAUUAAAACGUUGAAGUUGACGCCAAACCCUGCCUAUACUGAUGAGGACAAGACGGAGGGCCUGCUGGACACCAGACAUGCGCCCUACAUCUGCAAGCUAAUUGGUCUCGAGAUGGCCGGUAAAUUUCGCUUUGUGGCACUUUGGACCUGCGGCUGUGUUAUGUCCGAGCGAGCGCUGAAACAAAUCAAAGGCAACACAGCGAACACUUGUCCGUUGUGUCAGCUGCCGUACAGCGUGGAGGACGUGAUUGUGCUCAAUGGCAACGAUGAGGAUCUAGAGCUAAUGAAGGUGAAGCUAGAAAUGCGCACGGCCAAACGCAAGUCAUCAAAGAAAGAUAAAAAAGAAUUGAAGACAGAAAUAACGUCAACUGCCGGAAAGGAAGCAUCUACAGAGGAACCAAGCAGCAGCAGUAAAGCAGACACGGCACCUAAACCUUCAACCAGCAACAACAACGGAACGAAAUUGAAAGCUGUGGCUAAUCCGAAGCGCCUGGGCGCCACAAAUGCUAUGCAAGAUCCGGAACUGAAGCGUCUAAAGACAGAUUUCAGCGUGGCAAAAGAUCCGAAAGCCACCGAUGUCUAUAAGUCGCUGUUUACAUCCCAUAAAACCAACAAGGAGCAGGAACGUGCGCAUUGGGUGACCUACAAUCCAUUCUAUAAUUAAUUUAAACAAGUACUUAGUGUUAUAACUGUCAGCGUACAAGCCAUUAUAAUUCAAUGUCAGAUUGUUUAGCACAUAUAAUAAGUAAAAUCAAUCACACGGUUCUACAAAA